AAAUGUCUUAAUCCAAAUCUCCCUGGCAAUUUUAUUUUGUUCAAUCUUUUGAUUUUCUUAAGUGACAACUUUUAAUUAAAGAACUUUGGGUCCAAAAAGAACUGAAGAGCGUGAACUCAAUGAAUCAUGUGUCUAAAGUGAUGCACCGCCCACACCGCCCACACCGCCCUUUUUUCAAAAGCUACUUUGGCACCUUUGGAUUUUUGGUCAAUUAAUAUAAUGUGAUCAAUGAUUGAUCAUCAAGAAAUUUGGUUUCGUAAUGGUUUUUCUCCUGAUUUCAAGGUAAAUCUUAUCUUAUCUCAUGAAGAAGAGUGAAAGUUUUAGAUCAGCACAAAAAAUAAAUUCUUAAAAUAUUAUGGUUUCAUGUGAGUUAUGAAGCAACUAUUGGGCUGUUUGAAGAGAAAAGUAGGCGUUUAGCCACUUCUUGUCUUCUUCUUCCCUUCCCCUUUCACUUCCCCAGAUACAUACUUACAUCAAAAAGGAACUGAGGAAAAAGAAGAUGUCUGACUAUUUGCCAGUUGAAGUCAUCCUGGAAAUCCUGAAAAGACUCCCUGUGAAGUCCCUGGUGAAAUUCCGGUCAGUUUGCAAAACCUGGAACAGCCUCAUCUGCAACCCUUCUUUCAUUUCAACCCAUUUACAAACUGCACUUUCCAAACCCAACACUCACCUCCUCCUUCUCAGGUGCUUUAAAAAUUACAAAGAAAACUACUUCUUACAUCUUGACAAUGAUGACUUUGAUGAGUUCAAGCAGCUUCACUUCCCUGUCAUAGGUUGUUUGCGUUGUUUCAUAGAGAUUGGUUCUUGUAAUGGGUUAGUUUGUCUUCGCCAAGAUGUUUUGAACUUCAUUUUUUGGAAUCCUUCCAUUCAAAAGUACAUUACAUUGCCAAAGCCAAGCAUCAGCUGUUUGGAUGAUAAUGCAUAUUCAAUAUUUGGAUUUGGGUUUGAUUCUAGAACCAAUGAUUACAAGCUGCUUAUAGUUGCCGUUGAAAAAGCUGAAACUUUGCGUGAAGCAUAUUUGUUUUCACUUAAUGAAAAUUCUUGGAAGAGGGUUGCUGCCAUUUCUCCCUACUAUGCUAUAGAAGGAGAAAUUUCAUCAACCUUUGCUAAUGGGGCUGUCCAUUGGCUGGCAUAUCAGAGAAGAAAUGAUGGCGGAUUCAGGAAUAUGAUUUUGGGGUUUGAUAUAAGUAGUGACGAAUUUCUUGUGAUAAGGUUGCCAGAGAGUUUGAUUGAUUUGUGUCCUAUGGAUUUGUCAAUUAUGAAAUAUGAGGAAUCUUCCAUUGCAGUGCUUAAGAGAGAUUGGGAAGAUGGUGAGCAGCUUGAAAUGUGGAUCAUGAAGGAGUAUGGUGUAGUUGAGUCAUGGACUAAGGCAUUACAUUUGACUGACCAAAGUGGAAGGUUACCAAGGGUGUUGGGGUUUAGGAAGAAUGGGGAAGUUUUAUUGGAAGUGGAUAGUGGAGAGAUGGCUUCACUGGAUUUGAACUGCCACCAAAUGGAACAUCUUGGAAUUGAAGCAGAGUCAGGGUUUUUAUUUGUUGAUAGUUAUGUGGAGAGCCUGGUAUUACUUGACAAAGGGGUAGAUGCCGGCAGUGUGAGUGGUGCAAGUCAUUCUAAAGAUUCAAGCGAUUCUGAUGCAUCAUAGCGAGCGAGAAAGUGAAAUGACAUAGGACGGUAACUGCAUUCACCCGAUAUUUUCACAGCUGUCUGAUUUAUAGUGUGUAUGGACUUGAUAUUUACUUAGGUUUGUCUCUCUAUAAAUGUCAAAUUCAAGCUUGCAUAAAAGAUUUUUGCGUGACUCCCCUUAUGUUAGCUUAUUUGACUAAAUACUUUGUAUAAGCGAUUACUUUUUAAUUGCUACAUAAGGGCGAUUGUUAACGGUAUUGGCCUUGGAUAUAGAAAAAACUUUGUGAUAUUUUCAUGUGAAUCCUAUUGAGCAGACGAGAUAUUUUUAUGUU